UCCAAUGGUGGCAUUGCCCCAUUGCUGCCAAUCUAGGCCCACUCUAAGCCUUACCUCCAUAAUAUCUCUCCCCCAACAUCUGAAGGGAGUGACAUCUCUAAAGAAGGAUCAGGCUGAAGAGAGAACCUGGCCUUGUGCGAUCUAAGAUUAGCAACAUUAUAAACCACCAAAAUGUUGGCUGAAGCUUUUCUAUGUAGGAUUGUGUAUGAAGGCAUCACAGAUGACGGGAAACAGCAGAGUCAGGAGAAGAGUAACAAAAAGCAAGCAAUAAGUUCACUAAACGCUACAAGCAAAAAUGGAUAUGGCGAUUUGUUGGAGACCCAGAAGGUGUUCAGACCAGGAGGACAAACACUGGGUCAUAGACACGACGAUCAAUUCUGUGAAUCGUCUGAAGAGGUGUGUAUACAGUAUCGUGAGAACUGUUGUGAACAUGCGUCAGGAUCCAUGAACAUUCCGAAGAAAAGCCAAGACAACGAAAGUCAGCUAGACUUGUACACAUCAUGGUCAAGCUUGUACGCAAGCAUUUAUAAAGAUUAUCCAGAUAUGCACAUUGCAGGCCACCAUAUUCUAAAUAAGAUGGACUCUGGAUGCGUUUUGGACUAUGAAGGUGAACUACAGGAUGGACCUGUUUUGCUCUCAGCAGAUAUAGCAAGAAAUACCCCACCUGCCGAGAUGACAGGUGUACUUGAUCACCUACAUGCACACAACAGCAUGGAAGCCAGAGAGAGAAGUAUUACGCUACCCCAUGCGCCAUUUUCAAACUCUGUUCUCAAUGGUUACAUGGAAAAAGAGAUGCAGGAACUGUACAAGCAAUUUAUUGAGGAAAAUCAAGUGGUCGGAGGCUCUUUCAACCCAAUGGCAUCUUCUAGCUUUCUGACAAACAAUGUAAAUCAAACUAGCACGAACUCAUCACACGAACGGAAUCGUGAAUCCCAUAGGGCCAGAAAGGCCUUCCUCAACUAUUUGAGAAGCGCAGCCAGUGGGAUCAGCUCUGAAUUCGACACACCAGUUCUACAAAUCUCAAACAAAAAAUGAGAAAUGCUGAUGAUCAAUUCUAGCUUUACAAAAGGCAGACCAUCGUGAACUUUGGAUACAUACCAGAGAAUAUUACACUACUCCCCAAUUGACAUUCGCAACACACCAUGCAACAAUGUUAAAAAGUAAUUUGGAGAAGCACAGAAAAAAAUUUAAAUUAAUGAAAAAAAAAAGAAAAAGUUCAUAAAAAUAUAUUGUUAGAUAAUACAGGUUCCAAAUAAAAGUACAAAACAUUAUCUGUUGCUGGGACCCGGGAGCUAAUUGACAGGAGCCAGUAAAACUCAGUUGUAGAGAGCUAUAGCAGUGCAGAUACCAGUGAUAGAAGGGGUGGGCAUGUAGGGACCUAUGCAGGCAGAAGUCCUUUUUAGAAACAGACAUUGGUGUUAUUACACAUUUAUUCUAUAUACUGUAUGUAUAGCACUAGCAUUAGAUAUAUUCAUAUAUUUUGUAGCCCCCAAAAUAAGUGCAGAGUCAGCAAAGAUUGCUUCAGUGCUUUUUAAAUAUAUUUUUUUUUUUUAUAAUUUUUGAACUUGUCAAAUCCACUGUAUCUCAUAAAAAGAAUGAUCUUGGGUUUCCACAAUUUAUGCUAUGUCUUUGUGAGGAUUGCGAGACAAGGGAUUCUGUAUACUCACUGAUACUUUAUAUUCUCACAAUCAAUUGGUUAUGAAUUAAUACAUUGAAAAAUAGUUUUUGUAAAA